AGCCGCUCUGCGGGAGAGUAGUGACGUGCAUAGUCACGUGCUCAUGGGUUCGGCGUAUUUUCUUUUCCCUUCUCUUCCAGCUCAGAUUCACUCCCCCUAAACACGUUCGAAAUAAACGCGAUUAAGGGGCUCGCUUUUCUAGCAUAUUGCCCUCCCUGUAUAUAUCCAGGAAGGACACUACUGUUUAUUAUUUAUUUAUUUUUAGAGGCCGGGGGGUGUUAGUGGUGGUGAAGUAGUUGUAGGAGGAGGGGGGUAAUACAUCAGACCCAGGUUUGAGCGUGUGGAGAUGGGGGGGGGGUGGGGAUAGGAGGGUUUUCAAGGCUCUCUUUUUCGAGUGACACUGAUUACAGUCCGGAUCUAUGGAUUACGAUAUUUUAUUUAAUCCUAAUUGUUCUCCAUCAUCUAUGCUUUUUUUAAAUCUACUGCUGUUUCAAGGUGCGUGGAAGCUUGAAGGAUCAAGGAGAGGUUGCCGGUCUUAUUUCAUAUCAUGCUCUUUGAAAGAAACACUUGGCCAAACUUCGUCAUAAUCGGUUAACCCUGCCAUAUUCUUUGUGGAUCAACAAUGGCUAGUAAACGCAAAUCCACCACUCCAUGCAUGAUCCCCAUCAAAACUGUGAACCUGUGUGCAGAGCUUGAGCCAGCAAUUGAGAAACCCAGCAUCCAUCCGGAUUCCCCCUUGGAUGCAUUUUCUCCCAGCAACGACAGAUGUCAGGACCCCCAAGACUCGGCUCACACUCCUGGAGAAGGAGCGGAGCAGCAGCGGGCAGUAGGGAGCACUUUUAUUUGCCCGCCGUGCUUCUUUGAGACUCCAGAUCUCAAUAUGUUUUUAGAUCACAUGAGCUGCAGUCACCCAGACUUCAGGACUGAACCCAGCUUCACUUGCCUGAACUGUGAAGUCUCCUCCAAGAGCUAUGAAGCACUGGCUUUGCACAAUGCCCGUGUGCACUCCAUCUUGAUUGCGGGAGGAAGCUUUUCAGAAGCCGUGACAUGGCAAGUGCUGAAAAGAGAUGGACAUACCACUAUUGAACAGACUUUGAUAUUAUCUGAUGGGCCAGCAGGGGGACGAGAUUUUGAGAUUUCAAUCACAAAAACCCCAAUCAUGAAGAUGCUGAAGGGCAAAUCUGAGCCGAAAAGAAUCAUUGUGUCGCAUUCAGCAGAGGACCCUGAUGGAGGAAGCAACAGAGUGAAAAAAGAAGCCAUUAUUACGAGCACAACAGCAGCAGCAGCAGCAGCAACACCCGUUAUUGUUUCAGUGACUAGCACUGCCGGAACAGGAGUCGCAAAUGGUGCUGUUGGCAAAAUGAUCCAGCCGUCAGCAGUACAGUUAAUGAAUGGUUCCAACGCAGUGCCUGUCGUCAAGACUGCCAUUACACAAGUUGUAUCCGUUGUCCAAAACCAAAGUGUGCAGCAGCCUCCUCCUCCUCCUCCUCCUCUUCCAAGUUUGCUGGCACCCACCUCACCUAACCUUCCAAAAGUGAUGAUCCCCUUGAGUAGUAUCCCAACAUACAAUGCUGCCAUGGACACCAACAGUUUUCUCAAGACCUCCUUCAGCAAGUUUCCCUACCCUACCAAGGCUGAGCUGUGCUAUCUCACCGUUGUCACAAAGUACCCCGAGGAGCAGAUAAAAAUCUGGUUCACAGCUCAACGGUUAAAGCAAGGCAUCAGCUGGUCACCUGAAGAAAUCGAGGAUUCCCGGAGGAAGAUGUUCAACACAAUCAUCCAGGCUGCACCUCAGCCCCACCACCCGCAUACCAUCACAGUCCUCCCUGCUUCCCUGGGGUCGGGGAGCAUACCCCACAUCCUCCAGGGAAACCUUGUGAGGCCAGGGGGUGUAAUUGUCACGCAGUCCGUGAUGCCAAAUGGAAUCCAACUCACCAGCUCUCCUGUAUCCCUGGCCGUUACCCCAAAGCCCCAGAAUUCAAACAAGCCUCAAAUGGCUGUCAAACCAAAUGCGGGCAUAAUACCAGACAAAGUAACGGCCGCAGUUGCCAGCACCUGCAGCAGCAGCAGUUCUACUAGCAAUAGCAGUACUACAAGCAGCAGUAGUACCAGUAGCAGCAGCAGUACUAGUAGCAUCAGCACUAGCAGCAGUAGCAUCAUCAAAGUGCCUGGUACGCUGCAGCCCGUCGUCAAUGUGACACCCAGCACUCGCACUCUUCCCAGCAGUGUACUUGACCCAAGCUUCUACAAGAAUAAGAAAUCACAGGAGCAACUGACAGCCCUGAAACAGAGCUUCAUCAGCAACCAGUUCCCCGAACAAGAUGAGGUGGAGCAGCUGACCAAGAUCACGGGACUCACAACUCGCGAGGUGCGCAAAUGGUUCAGCGACAGGCGCUACCAUUAUCGUAACCUGAAAGGUAGCCGCUCCUUGGCAAGUCUAAGCAGUGGAGGAAGUGGGAUCUCGAUGCUGGAUCUUGCAGACAGUCCCAGUUCAGUUGCCGUUUCCUCUUCACAGCCGAUGCACCCAGGGUCCAUGACCCUUUCUCGCCGAGGUUCGCGAUACCAGACCCCAGAUUUUACUGCUGUCCGCUACAAGGAGAGGGACCCACAGCAAAUUCGGGCUCUGGAGGCCAGCUUUGCAAAGAAUCCUGAGCCGUCUGAAGAAGAGGUGGACCGCCUUAGGACAGACACCAAAAUGACCCGUCGGGAAAUUGAUGGAUGGUUUUCGGACCGCCGUAAAAAAGCUGCUGUCAGUAUGAAGCAAGACCAGAAUGAAGAAGGGAUGAGUGAGGAAGAAGAUGAGGAAGAGGAAGGGCCAGAUGGGACAGCACUGUGGCACUCUAAACAGCAAGAUGGUGAAGACCGACAAGAGACUGCAUCAGCAGUGCCCAAGGUCAACCCCAUUAAAAUCAAUCUCAAAAUGUUGAAGGUGACAGAGUCGGUUAAUGGGAAGAAUGACCCACAGUCAACGGAGGUUAGCCCAACACCCUCAACACGGGAAGAAAGCCCAAAAGUGGCCACAAGGGUGUCUCCCCGUAGCAAAAAGACUCCCAGACAGCUGCAUAUCCUCAAGCAAUUUUUUGCACGCACUCAGUGGCCCACUAGUUCUCAGUAUGACCGCAUGUGUGCUCGGACAGGUCUGCCUAGACCAGAGGUGGUGCGCUGGUUUGGCGAUAGUCGCUACGUCUACAAAAAUGGACAGCUGAGGUGGCUGGAGGAGUACCAGCGUAUGGCAGCUAUGAAAGUACAGGCCAAAAAAGUUCAAAAGGUACUAGAGGAGCACCUUUCUGUGCACAAGUCCCUCAAAGAAGAGCACAUCGGCCAACUGAAGGAGGCAAGUGACCUAACAGAAAAGGAGAUUCGAGAAUGGUUUGCAAAACACAAUGUGGAGGACAGAGAAGCUGAAGCUAAUUCCGAGAAAGCGACGGGAGAAAAAGACGGGAAGCCAGGAAUGGACAAAAAUACAGUGACCGAGAUUACGGUGCAUGAAGAACCAGGAGAGCAAAACACUGCAGAGAUCGUUGAACCCCGGCCACCGAGCGCAGAUCAAACAAAGUUAGAGGCAGAAUGAAGAGGAGACACUGGGAUGAAGAGAUGACUUGAGGAGUCUGCCAGUGUGUUACAUUUUGACCCAGACAGUGGGCUUGGGCCAGUGCAGGAGUUCUUUUUCUUUUCUCUCCCCCCCACCCCCACCUUCUCCAUCUCCAUUAGAACCCAGCAGUCUGGAGAGGACCCGAUGGCAGCACGUGGACAAACAAUAAGCAGCUCAAUGGUUAGAGUAGCACGGGGAGAUCUACAAUGCUUGUGGCUCGAUUGAGGGGAGAUAAACAAACAAAGACCAGUGACAACGCGAGCUGCUCCCAUGGCACUGCUGGAGAAGCUCAUGUGACAUUCAAGAGUAGAAAAGCAGCACAUCAGUGGGACUGAAAUGUAAGAAACAGAAAUAAGUGGCUUUAGUUUUUAAUUUAUCUUACUGGGAUGGGAGAGGGAUAAUAAAGUGGACAAUUAAAAAAUAAUAAUAAUAAUAAUGCCUUGAACAGACUAAAGAAUGAGAAAUCUUUUCAAAACUCUACAGUCUUGGAUAGAUAUUUUUUAAAAUAAUUGUAGUAUUGCAGUAAUAUUUCAACACCAAGGCCCACAGUACUCAUGCCACUAACGCUGCUUUGUACACUUUUGCAAAACCGAUCUCAUUCUGGCAACUUUUGGAUUUUAAAACUUACAGAUGAGUGUCCGCAAGUCUGUGAAGAUUAAGAAUAAAAACUGAGUAAGCUGCUAA